AUGGCGGACACCAAAACCGGGCUGAUAGGCGACACGAGGAAAGCGGACAAAUCGACGAUAAUACACCCCAGGACGCGUGCGCGUUUACGCAACCCAUGGGCGGUCUCGCUGGUUGCGUUGUUGACGUUGCUGUCAGCGAUUGCGCUCCUGUUCGCAAUCGUCCAGUCAUUCCUAACCAAGCAAUUGGAUCCGAAGGGAUGCUCUAUGUCGUAUAUGCGCCCAUCGUUCGUGCACUUCUCGGAUUUCGAUACCGAACACACCAGAUUUGCGACGAAGUAUAAUUUGUUCUUAUAUCGGGAAGGCGAGAUUGAUGAGGAUCCACGGGUCAAAGGCGUCCCCGUCAUCUUCAUCCCCGGAAACGCCGGUAGCUACAAGCAAGCCCGCUCCCUCGCCUCCGAGGCGGCAUACCACUUCUACAAUUCCAUCCGACCGGAUGACGAUGCGAUCAAAGCUGGGAAGGCCCCCCUCGACUUCUUCUCCGUGGACUUCAACGAAGACAUAACCGCAUUCCAUGGCCAGACGUUGCUCGAUCAGGCCGAAUAUCUCAACGAUGCCAUCGCCUACAUUCUCCGACUAUACCAUAGCCCUUACCGCUCCAUCCGCGAUCCCAACCUCCCUGAUCCGAGCUCCGUCAUACUUGUUGGUCAUUCGAUGGGAGGUAUCGUAGCUAGGACGAUGCUCAGCAUGUCGAACUAUCAGGCCAAUUCCAUCAAUACAAUUAUAACCCUCUCCGCUCCUCACGCACGACCGCCAGUCACCUUCGACGGUGCGGUCGUCCGGAUAUAUAACGAGCUCAACGACUACUGGCGCGAAGCGUACUCUCAGAAAUGGGCGAACGACAACCCACUCUGGCACGUUACAUUGAUCUCCAUCGCGGGCGGUGGUCUGGACACCAUCGUCCCGUCGGAUUACGCCAGCGUUGCUUCUAUCAUCCCGGAAACGCACGGGUUUACGGUUUUCUCAUCGACCAUUCCAGAAGUUUGGACCGGAAUGGACCAUCUUUGCAUCACAUGGUGCGACGAGCUGCGGAAAGCCGUCGUCCGAGCAUUGUACGACGUUGUGGACGUGAGCCGCCCAGUGCAAACGAAGCCGCGAGCGGAGAGGAUGCGCGUCUUUAAGAGGUGGUUCCUGAGUGGACUGGAACCAAUAGCAGAGAAAACCUUGCAGCAGAAGGAGGCUCAUACGCUGUUGACGCUGGAUGAUCCGAGCAUCGCUUUGGCAGCCGGAGAUCGUUCGGGGUCGACGCUAAUGGACCCCACUGGUCAUAUGAAGUUGCAGUUACUAAGUGUACCGCGACGGAGCUCUGCAGCGGGACAGCAGUUCAAAUUCCUCUCAACCCAUCGGAUCACCGAUAGUCAAGAAACGAAACUCCACGUUCUUGUCUGCAGCGUCUACUCCGCCCACCCCGGCCGCGCCGCGGCAUUUUUUACGAGUACGUUCGAAUUCUCGAAAGACCCCUCUCCUAAAACACGCCUGGCCUGCAAAGAUGCCGCUGCAGAUGUUAUCAAGCUGCCAGCCUCGACGGUGUGGUCGAAGCAAUCUUUCGAGAAACAGGAACCGUUCAAUUAUCUGCAAUACAAUGUGGAGGAGCUGGGGGAUGUGCAAUUCAUCGCGAUCGUGACUCGUGGCGGAGAAAAUGAGGGGAGGGAUGAAUACCUUGCUGAAAUUAGUAGGAAGGAAGAGGCGGAAAUCAAGGUUGAUACUGGACUGCGGGAGCUGGUCCUGCACGGUGUCAGUGUCAAAUUCCCAGAACGAAGACCCCUUUCCGUGGAGGUGAAGAUCCCGGCGCUGCGAUCAAGCCUGCUCGCGUAUAAGCUCUCCUUGACAGACCAGUCUUGCACUGGAACGCAGCCAGAAUUAUUCCGACCAUUGCUCCGUCAGUAUGUUACGGACGUCUAUGAGUCGCGGUUCUUCGUCAAUGUGAAGGACAUCGACAUCAACCUCCACGGCGUGGCACCGUAUCUGCCUCCAUCAUACAUGGUGCACGGCACCUCCAACGGCCUUGCCCUGCAGCUCUGGUCCGAUCCGACGUGCGGCAGCCCGAUGGAGAUCCGGCUCCAAGUCGACAUCCAGGGCAGCCUGGGCAAGCUCUGGAUGCGAUAUCGCACCGUGUUCGCGGCCUUUCCGCUCGUCAUCGUCGCGCUGGUUCUUUGGGGGCAGUUUUCAUCGUACGAUGAGACGGGGAUCUUCAUGAGCUUCGCGGAGAGCAUGAACCAAUCCUUCCGUGGAUCGAUCCCGGCAUUCGUCCUCGGACUCACCGUCCUCACGCUCGCUCUAUCCACGCUCGCUCUAUCCACUCCGUCCACUCCCGCGUUGAGCGCCGCAUCCACAUCAACCGUCUUCGGCUCCCCAUUCCUGACGGCGAUAUUCCACCCCUUCCUCGCCGCCACGCACAAUAACCUCCUCGGCCUCUCCGACCCCUUCUUCUGGUUCCUCGUCCCGCUCUUCGCCCUCAUAAGCGCCGGUCUCUGCAUCCUCAUCAACUACACCCUCUCCCUCCUCACCCUCGUCCUGUCCUUCAUCUACGCCAAGUUCCACUACCCCCGCGCUGACGACAGCCGCCGCUCCGCCACCUCCUUCGCCGUCACCACCACUCGCCAGCGCCUCGCCACCACUGCCGUCCUCCUCCUACUCGUCUCCACCGCCAUCCCCUACCAAUUCGCCUUCCUGGUUCUGUGCAUCGUGCAGCUCGCCACGGCGGUGCGCGCGGUGCGGUUGGCGCGGGACACUGCGGCACGGGUGGAGGGAGAGGGGAACGCGAAUUUCUCGAACUACGCGCAUAGCGUCCUGGUGCUGAUGAUCUGGAUCCUGCCGAUCAAUGUCCCGGUGCUAGUGGUGUGGAUUCGGAAUCUCGCGGUGCAGUGGAUGACGCCGUUCGCGAGCCAUCAUAACAUCCUUAGCGUGAUGCCGUAUAUAUUGUUGGUGGAGACGUUGAGUACGGGGCGGAUGGUGAUGCGGAUCUCCUCACGCCUCAGCCUCGUCACCAGCGCCCUCCUCUUCUCUCUCGCGCUCUUCGCCGCCAUCUACGGCGUCUCCUUCGCAUACAUGUUGCACCAUAUCGUCAAUCUUCUCUGCGCGUGGCUUGCGCUCGUCCAUUUCGCCGCGACCGACUGCUCCAGACAAGGUGUAAAUCGACUGUUCGGAACCACCCUGAACGUCGCGAACGGCCCGGUAAAAGAGCGCCCGCAAUAA